GUGUCGACAAUCGGUCGCGUUGCCGCAGUCUCACUCAUUGUUCUCGUAUUGUUGUCAAUGUUAUCAUGUUCCCUCGGGUGAUUCUGAAUGGGACAAUGAUCAAAAAAUCCCAGCAAAAGAAAAUAACAUCUCCAUGCAACUACAAAGAAAGAUUUUUUGUGCUGGACACACAGGAAUUGAUGUAUUCUGAGUGUCGCCCAGGAAAAAAACCUGUACUUAAAGGUUGCAUCAGGUUAUGCAGCAUUGAGUGCGUCGAAAUAGUGUUUACUGAUCUCCCCAUACCAUGCUCCUUCAAGUACCCCUUUCAGGUUUUUCAUGACAACCAUUUCCUCUACAUUUUUGCUCCAGACAAUGAUUGUCGUCUGAGGUGGGUUCAAGCUCUUAAAGAAGAGACAAAGAAUAACACGUUGGUUGAAAAAUACCACCCACAAUUUUGGAUGUGUGGAAAAUGGAGAUGUUGCCACCAGUCAAAUAAACUGGCUAAGGGUUGUCAUGCAUAUGAUCCACUGGGUUAUGCCUCAAAAAAGCCACUUCCUGGAAUCCCAGAUGCAGAGGCAGAAUUGCAUGGUGCAUUGCAAAAGACGGUCAUUGCAUUGCAGAACUACACACCACUUACAAACAAAGAGUUGGCACUUCAGAAAGACAAGGUGUACACGCUGGUUGACACCUUCCACCCUGACUGGUGGAAGGUGCAAGAUAAAAUGGGGAACACUGGUUUAGUGCCCAGCACACACGUAAUCGAAAAUUCAGGAAACAACUUUGAGAGAUUUGAAUGGUACAGCAAGAACAUGACCAGAGAAGAAGCCGAAGACAUAUUAAUCAAAGAGGCAAAGGAGGGUGCAUUCAUGGUUCGGAACUCAAGACAGACUGGUGUCUACACAGUGUCAGUCUUCACCAAAGCAUCUAGCUCUAACAGGGAGAAAAAUCCAGGUGUGAAACAUUACCAAAUUCGACAGACGAAGACAGGAGAGCCUACUUUUUAUUUAGCAGAGAAGUACCUGUUUCACUCUAUUCCUGAGCUGAUCCACUAUCACCAACACAACGCUGCGGGUCUGAUAACACGUCUGAGACAUCCUGUCACUCAAGCAGGUGGCUGCUCCCAGGCAAUUGCUGGUCCGUCUCAAGAUGAGUGGGAGGUGGACCCUGAAGAACUGGACUUUGGUCAAGAAGUUGGCAGGGGACAGUUCGGAUUGGUGCUGCAAGGGAGAUGGAGGGAGAAGAAGGUGGCGCUGAAAAUCAUAAAACAAGAGUGCAUGUCAAAUGAAGAAUUUAAAGAAGAGGCAAGGAUCAUGAUGAGACUGUGCCACUCAAAGCUAGUCCAGCUCUAUGGUGUAUGCACCCAGCGUUCUCCUAUGUGUUUGGUGUUGGAGUUCAUGGACAAUGGCUGUCUGUCAGACUACCUGCGAAACAAAAAGGGGGCUUUAUCCCAGAAUGCAAUGUUGGAGAUGUGUUUGAAUGUCAGUGAAGGGAUGGCCUAUCUGGAGAUGUCUAACUUUAUCCACCGAGAUCUGGCUGCCAGGAAUUGCUUAGUUUCAAAGGAAUAUGUGGUGAAAUUGUCAGAUUUUGGCAUGACAAGAUAUGUGCUUGAUGAUCAGUACACAAGUUCCCUGUGUUCCAAGUUUCCCGUCAAGUGGUCAGCACCAGAGGUUAUCCGAUAUUGCAAGUUCAGCAGCAAGUCUGAUAUUUGGUCCUUUGGUGUUCUCAUGUGGGAAGUGUACACAGAGGGUCGCAUUCCUUAUGAGAACCGCACCAACGCUGAGGUGGUGGAGUCCCUAAAUGCUGGCAUGAGGCUGCUAAAGCCCAAGUUGGCACCAGAGUCUGUUUCUAUGCUCAUGGAAUGGUGUUGGAAAGAGAAACCAGUGGAUCGUCCGUCCUUCGCUCUGUUGCUGCACGAGCUAUCCUCACUCUCAUACUUAUAAGACCGGGAUAUUCAACUAAAUUGUUUUACGGGCCAAAAUUCCAGAAAGCUAACGACCCGGGGGGGCCGGGCAUAUUUUUCUUAUUUUGUCUUGAAAACCAGUGUCCUCUCCAAUGGACUUUUGUUUGCUUGUGUCAGGGUUACAAGAGUGCUCUGCAUUUUAGACAAACUGGUAAAAAGCUAGUCUAAGAUCAUCUAUAUGCAUAUAUGACAAGGCUCUACACUGUAAAAAAAAGUCAGUAGAUAUUGUAAAAUACUAACAUUUUUCGAUUUUACUGUUAAAACAUAAGUGCUACCGUUUUUCCAUUUACAGUAAUGCACUGUAAAAACAAUCAUAGAUAUCAUGGUAGAAGAAAACAAAAAAACUGGCAGCUCAGUUGCCAGAAUUUUACCAUAAUAAUAACAGUGGUACAAUAAUUCUGUGUAAAAAAAAAACACUGUCAAUUUUGUUGUAAAAUUAUGGCGUGAGAGAUCCCAGUUUUUUAUUUUUUACUGUGUUGUUUUUAAUUCCGACAUGUGACUUCUUCCCGGAAGUGAAAGGCGGUGGUGGCCAACCCAGCCGAGAUGGCUGUGGUACAGCAAUCAGCGCGCGAACUGAGCACAAAAGAGGCUUAAAUCUACGAGCAAAAAUGCAAAAUAUGCAAUUGAAUCUAUCCUUAUACUUAAUCAAAAAAAGAUUUGUCAAGUGAUAUCAAGGAUUAUACGUUGGUCGCCUUCCCAGACAUAUUAGACUAUUGUGCUUCAGACCCCAUUUUACGCGACAAAACAGAUAGAAACUUGGAAAAGCAUGGAGGUCUACAACUUCUUUGUGUGUGGCUGGGUCAGGGAAAUUGGUAUCAAGACUCUACCGGAUAAAUAUGAAUUGUUUUUGCUCGGGUAAGGCUGCAUUUCAGGAUUUAACUUUGCGUCUACUGGAAUGUUUGUUGCUGUUGCACGCGCCGUUUACGAGUAGCAUAUUUUUCCCUGUCUUUAUCAAAAUAUAACAAGAUAUCAACAUGGUGUAUGUGCUGGAAGAUGCAUUUAUGAUUGCUGUUUUUGGUAAAAACUUAACUCUUUCAGGUUUUGCUCACACUUGCUUUCUUUUAGACUCGCCGAGUUGGUGCUUUUCGAAACACUCAUAGCAAAACCUGUGGUUAAAACAAAUAAUAUCAAAAUGAUACUUGAAUUCGAAAUAAUAAACGUCAAAAGUAUAUCAAACAAACUUUUAACAAAGUGAUCACUGCAAACUCAUGCAUUCUUCGACUCUGCUACCUUGGACUGGAGUGUGAGCUGCAGGCUUUUCUCGUCGUCGUUUCGUAAAAUCAUGCACUCUUCCGCCCGAGGAAGAAAUGUUUAUCUUUUUCGCAAUUUGAAGGAUUCGUACAGCCGAAAACAACGCAAGCAUAGGGCAUUUUAUUGUUCGAGAAAGGCAAAAUGGCGCCUAGUACCCGUUGAGAACAGAGCUAAUUUGACCACCACACAUAUUUAAUUGGGCGGGACAAGAGCCGGACGUGACCUCAGUAAAAUCCAAGUAAUAAUCUACCAUAACAUUUUCUCCAUAGUAUCUUUAGGCAUAUGCUGCAAAAAAUGGCACUGGGUCAACUCGCGGGUCGGUUUGGUAUCAUUUUUGGCACGGAUUUGGCCCUGUUUUAAGACAAUAAUACUGAAUAACAAAUCUAUAUUUAUUUUAUUUAUUGCAUCCCUGUUUUAUAUACUGUAUAUUAAUGUUUCAUGUAAACACAUCAACCUGCCACCUCUGGAUGUUGCACUUUAUCUGUUCCACUGAUCUAUAUAC